AUGGUGUACUUAUCUGAAACUGUGAAACUCAACAAUGGCUUGGAAAUGCCUUUAGUAGGGCUGGGGUGCUGGAAAAUCCCCAAUGAUGUUUGUGCCACGCAGGUGUACGAUGCUAUCAAACUCGGCUACCGGCUUUUCGAUGGAGCUCAGGACUAUGGUAAUGAGAAAGAAGUUGGUGAAGGUAUUCGCCGGGCCAUUGGAGAAGGCAUAGCCACUAGAGAGGAGUUGUUUGUGGUGUCAAAGCUUUGGAACUCUUACCAUCAUCCAAAAAAUGUGAAACCAGCGUUAAAGAAAACACUGGAAGACCUGGGUCUCGAGUACUUAGACCUCUUCUACAUCCACUUUCCCUUGGCCUUCAAAUAUGUGCCAUUUGAGGAGAAGUAUCCUCCUGGUUUCUAUACAGGCGCGGAAGAUGAAAAGAAGGGUACCAUCACUCUAGAAAACGUGCCCAUUAUCGACACCUACCGCGCUUUGGAGGAGUGUGUCGAAGAGGGGCUUAUCAAGUCCAUUGGCAUCUCUAAUUUCCGCGGCAUCCUGAUCCACGACCUCUUGGCCAGCGCGAAGAUCCCACCUGCUUGUUUACAGAUUGAGCACCACCCAUAUUUGACUCAAAACAAUCUGAUCGAAUACUGCGAAGGAGCGGGCAUUCGCGUGGUUGCAUACUCGUCGUUCGGCCCCCAGUCUUUCCUGGAACUAGACUCGGAGCUCGCUAAAGACACACCAACACUAUUCGAGCAUGAAAGUGUCGCGAAAAUUGCUGCCAAGCACAAGGUUUCUGCUUCGGAGGUCCUGCUGAGAUGGGCAACCCAAAGGGGCAUUGCCAUCAUCCCCAAAUCGUCCAAGAAGGAAAGAUUACUUAACAAUUUACAGAUCAAUGAAAAAGUGACCUUGAGUGAUUCGGAGCUCAAAGCUAUCUCCGCCUUGAACAAAAAUAUUCGUUUCAAUGAUCCUUACACCUGGCGCGGCUGCAAAUUCCCGGUCUUCUCUUGA